AUGGCGCGGAAGGUAUUGCAGAAUGAUCAGAUAGUCAAGCUCAUCGUCGGUGCUGGACAGGCCUCACCUUCACCUCCCGUCGGUCCAGCACUGGGUAGUAAAGGCGUCAAGUCCAUGGACUUCUGCAAGGAAUUCAAUGCGAGAACAGCAAACUAUGUCACGGGCACAAUGAUACCCGCCCGGGUGACGGUCCGACCAGAUCGCUCGUUUACAUUCGAACUACGAACACCGACCACGGCAUCGUUACUCUUCGCAGCAGCAGGUGUACUCCCCACGAAGAACAAGCUACGAGGGGCAGGCAAUGUAGCGGGACCGACUUCGCGAGCAGGCUUGGAGGGCCGAGGGAAGCAGUCAACUCAGACGGGUACAGGUGCGGCAGGCAACAGUGCAAAGGGGACAGUAGGACAGAUCAGUCUGAAGCAUGUGUGGGAGAUUGCCAAGAUCAAGUCGAGUGAGAGUCGUUUAUCUGGAGUGCCGAUCGAGGGGAUGGUCAAAAGCGUCAUUGCUCAGGCGGCUAGCUUGGGUGUGGUGGUGGUGCCGUGA